AUGGCCCCAAAACGCAGCAUCACAGCCGUCGUCGCUGCCACCCUCGACAAUGGAAUCGGACGCGACGGCGGACUGCCGUGGCGCCUGCCCGGCGAGAUGAAGUACUUUGCCAGAGUGACCACCGGCGAGGCCCUCCCCACCAACACCCACAACGCAGUCAUCAUGGGCCGCAAGACCUGGGACGGCAUCCCAUCAAAAUUCCGCCCUCUGAAAGACCGCCACAACCUCGUUGUAUCCCGCGCCGGUGUCGACGUCGGAGACGCCCACCUCACCACCCCGCACUCAUCCCUCGAAGCAGCCAUCAGUUCAGUGCCCGACACAACACAUCGCACCUUCCUCAUCGGCGGCGCCCAGCUCUACAACCAGUCUCUGCCAGAACACGUCGACCGCGUGCUCCUCACCCGCGUGCUAGAAUCUCUGCCAUGCGAUGCUUUCCUCGACGAUUUUACGACCGACAAGCGUUGGCGACGAGCGCCACACGCCGAACUGCGCGAGUGGGUGGGAUGGGAGGUGCCCGAGGGCGAUGUGGAGGAAAAGGGGAUACGGUACAGGUUUGAAAUGUGGGUCAAGGAUCUAUAG